AAGUACUUUUUACAUGGUAGCUCUCACUACAAAAAAAAAACACUAAGCUUGAAAUAUUCUCUUAUUUUAUAAGAACUGUACCUGCAGGGUUAUUUGAAAUUAGACACAGGUUUUAAAGCAGUUCAUUAAGAUUUAGUAGCGUUCGUGUGUUUAUUUCUUAAAGCUUAAAUCUUCAGUAGAUUCUAGUCAAGUAAAAGAUAUAGUUUAUAACAAGGAUAUGAUGAUCGUUAGCUUUUUUAGUUUGCUUAUUUCACUUGUUUGUUUUGCUAAGGGAUUAGCAGAGGACGUCUGCCAACAAAAGCCUGGUGCUGAUGGCUUUGGAAAAAUUAUGUCUUGUGCACAUUAUAAUAAUCGGUUUUCUUAUCACCCUGACAAAAACGAAUGUUUGGAAUUCUCUUAUGGCGGUUGUGGUGGCAACGAUAAUAGGUUUACAACUAAAAAGCUUUGUGAAGAUGAGUGCAAGAAGAAAUUAGUAAAUAAUUAAAUUUGGACUAAAAUAUUUACGUACCUUACAAUAUUCCAGUUUAUCAUGAAUGUUCCCACCAAAAUACUAUUGCGAAAACAAUGGAAUACCCUCAUUUCAUCAAAAUCAUUGCCUACUUUUUGAUGGCCCCUUUAUAUUUGCUGGCAAA